CUCUACCCCAACUCCUUAUACUGAAUUUCACAGAACACCAUUCUGCCUUGCCAAGACCAGCAUUUUGCAGGAGACCAGAGUUAUAAUUGCCCGUAUUCCACUACACCGUCAGAAACUAGUGUUGACGUUUAUACGGAGACUUUCUGGGCUGCUGGUCUCCUGGACAACAGUGAGCCCCAACAAGCACCACAGGCACAGGAUUCAUCUUCUAAUUCGAGUUUUCCUAUUCUGGACUCAUGUUCCUGGGAAGAAGCUCAGCUUUCCUCACAGCUCUACAGAAAUACACAGCUCCAAGAUACUCUGGUUCAGAAGGAAGAAGAACUUUCUAGGCUACAUGAAGAGAAUAAUCAUCUCGGACAAUACCUGAAUUCUGCUUUGGUUAAAUGUCUUGAAGAAAAGGCCAAGAGAUUGUUGUCAUCAGAUGAGUUCUCCAAAGUGUGUGGAAAAUUCAGAAAGGGGAAGAGGAAACACAAAGAGCAGGGAUACUCUGCUGCUGAGAUCCCCCAUCCUAAAAAUGUCAAGAGAAACCUCUCUAGUGAGUUUGCUAACUGUGAAAAACCACCUGGGCCCCUUGUUGAUCCCUGGGUGCUUCAAACACUUGGAUUGAAAGACCUCAACACCAUUGAUGACACCUCAUCAGCUAACUACAGUGCCCUCUCCUCUCAUCCCAGAAGAGUGACUAGCACAUACUCCCAUUUUCCGAGUGAUGCCAUUGAUUAUGAAAAUGUCCCCAGAGAGGAUGUGCCAAUCAACUAUGGAGGUGAAAGAACAACCCCCUUGCUCAGCACUGCCAGCCAUGGGGAAGACUUCCACUACUUUUCUCAACUUUCAAAUCCCCCAAUAGAGGUGCAAACACUUCCUUAUCAUCCAGCUGAUGUGUCACCCAGCAAGACAGAGAUGACAUUUUACACAUCCCUGAGUCCUCACUGUAAUGUCAAAACUCAUUCUUUCCACCAGGGACAAGCCUUUGUGUGUAGAGAUGAAGAAGGAGGCUGGAAGUUUACCUGGAUCCCUAAACAGCCUUAA